GUGUACUUACUGUUAACUUGAUGAUGUGUUGCGGUGUUUUUUGAUGGUUAUUUUUAAAUAUGGCUCCUGGUCUAUCUACACUUAAGAGAGGAAGUAUACAAGUGCAACGCGUUGCAAAAGUAGUUAAUGAUCAAAUUGGAUCCCGACAAGUGCUUGUUGUAUUUGUUUUAACGGGGUUUGUUCUUUGCGGAGUUGUGGAACAAAGCGCAUCCGUAGCUUUGAGGGCAAACAGUACGUCAACCUAUUCAGCUGCUGAGUUUGCCGAGUACGUUGAAAAUACCAGCUAUAUUACAAGAUACUGUCAACCCCCUCAAAAUGAUACUGAUAGUGGAAACGUGACGGUGCACGUUGUUCGGUCUAUACCACACAUUGAGAUACCAAUGACACGCACGGAUGAAACGGAAGCUGUCCUGCGGCAAGCGUUUAUGUGGGGCACGCUGGUAUCGCCCUUAGCGGCUAGCAGGAUAGCAGCAAGAGUAGGAGCUGAGAGGCUGUUUGGAGCCGGCGUUCUGGGCGCAGGAAUCGUAGCUGUUAUGGUUCCUGCUGCCUGGCUCACGGCCUGCCACGUUGGGAUCAGAUUUGUUCAGGGUAUAUUUAUGGGUGCUACUUGGCCAGCAGCGCAUAUGUUAGCAGUUACUUGGAUUAAACACAAACAUAUUAGUGGAUUUGUCUCACUGUAUACAGCUGUGAAUUUGGGAUAUGCAGUGGUUGGAAUCUUGGGUACAAUAUUAGUUCGCAAUUUAGGUAGAGAUUGGUUAAGUUAUGUCAUAUCCUUAUCAUCAUUCUUGUGGUACUUUCUUUGGUGGAGAUUUGUAGAAGAAUCGUUACAUCCAAAUAGACCUAAGAGAGAUGAACAUCGACAUUUGCCCUGGAGAAGGCUCCUGAUGUCGAAACCAGCAUGGGCUUGUGGAAUUGCUGUCAUAGGGAGCCAGUGGGCAGAUGCUACUCUCAUGUUGGGAGUAACAAAAUAUUUAAAAUUAGUUUACGGAUUUUCCAUAGAAUAUGAAGAUAUACUACAAUCUCUACCCCACAUUGGUCACUUCUUUGCUGCCAUUACAUUUGGAAUCGUUGUCGACCACGUAAGGGAGUCAGGCUUAAUUUCAACUACAACCUCCAGAAAGUUCUUUGUUUAUCUAUCACACUUUCCCCCUGCCGCUCUUAUGUUCGUCUUGGGAUAUACUGGUUGUGAUCCAGCAGCCCCAGCUGCUUUGUACACAGCAGCCUUGGCAAUGACGGGGGCUACUCCAGCAGGAGCCUUCGCUAGCGCUGCAGAUAUUGCUCCCAAUUUUGCAGGAACAGUAUUUGGUUUAUGCCAAACUGUUGGAGCAGCAGGACUUCUAGCAGCAAAUUAUGUUGUGUCUGAAGGAUUACAUGGAUCGUUUGCAGGUUGGUGGAGACUGGUUUUUGGAGUUUCAUCUGCAGUUUUGUUAACUACUGCUACUUUCUUCAUGGUCAUGGGCAGUGGCUCAAUACAAGACUGGAAUGCACCAGGUGAUAUUGAGUCUGAACUGGAACCGAUAGAGGAACCGUCUAGACUCGAGUCUGUCCUUGAGUAAAUUGUUUUAAUACUUUGUCAAAAGUCAAAUAAAGAAAAAUUUCAAAUUUGAAAA